AAAGGUUAUUUAAAAGGUUAAAUCAAGGUCAUCUAUAUAUUACUUGAAUAAUCCUCCUAAAUAAUAACUGAGAGUUAAUUUAGGUCAAUGUUUUUGUUUUUAAUAACUGUAUACUUUUGAAUCAGCUAUAUUAUAGCAUACGGAAUUAUAGUAAGAAGUGUUAAUACAAUGUUAUUACAUGUGACAACACAUCAUAUUAAAGCUUAAAAUAGUUUUGAUGGAGUAGUCAAUGCACAUAUUUAGGUAGCUUUAAAAACAAUUACAGAGAUGAUAAAGAACUCCUUAUUGUUUUUGGUAAAUUGUUUAUUUUGCAGAUUUCAAUUUAUAGUAUUGGAAAACAAGGGUGAUAAUUAUUCAAUGACAUCAGCAAAUUAUUUGUAUCCUAAAGAAACAUCUUUUGAAAAACUUGACAACAAUUUUCUUAAUUGUUAUUUUAAAGAUUCUAUUUUUAAUACAAGUUACAUAAGGUGUCCAAAUGGCUCGUUUUGUUUGGCAUAUGCUUUAUUUUCCUAUUCUUAUGGAAAAUGGGUUGUUAACAUUUUAAAGCAAGGAUGUUUUUAUGAAAAUGUAAACUUAGAUAAAUGUUCAAAUAACCAGUGUGCUAUAUAUGAAAAUGAAGAAAGUAAGUUUUGUUGUUGUUCUGGCUCAUUGUGCAACAUGCCGGUGUUGUUACCUAAUAAAAACUUUUCCGUAUCAGCAAAAUAUUCAGGUUCAUCAUUACAUGGUGUUGCUCAAGUCAUCAGCAUCGACAAGGAUUCAAAUUCAGUUAGCCUGUUGCUUGUGCUUGUUUCAGUUAUGGCAUCUGUUUUUGUUAUUGCUGUAGUAAUUUAUAAUUGGAAAUUUUCAAGUAAGCCUGUUUCAAAUAAAAAGAAAUUUAUGGAUAAUAAUCUUCAAAAUCAACAGGUUCAAACAAUCAAUGAAGAAUUAUCAAACCUUGAUGAUUAUAUUCACGGUUAUAUAGUUCAUAAUGGUAAUCAUACAACUGUUCGUUUGGCCACAUACAAAGGUAGUACAGUGGUUGUUAAAGUCUAUCCUCCACGAUUUACUGCACAGUUGGUUAAUGAGAACGAAAUUUACUGCUUACUUCCAAGACAUUCAAAUAUUUCAAAUCUAAUUAGAACUAGUUUUGUUCAAAAUGGCUAUCUUCUCCUAACAUUUUACCCACAAGGUUCAUUGUUUAACUAUCUUCGCAGUAAUACACUAACAUGGAACCAGCUCUUUGUUAUGAUUACUUCAAUAUCAAAUGGAUUGUCAUUUUUGCACAAUGAGUUUAUUUCAGAUAAAUCUCAACCAGUUCGGCCAACUCGACCAGUUCUACCUGACCGACCUGUUAUUGUUCAUCAGGACUUAAAUAGUAGAAAUAUUUUGUUGAAAGAUAAUGGUGAGUGUGUACUUGCUGAUUUUAAAUUUUCACUCAGGUUAGGGAAAUCAAAACACGGAGAAAACUUUUCAUUGAUAGGCUCAGCAGUCUAUGCUGCACCAGAAGUUUUGUUGCAGUCAUUCAUACCACGAAAUUGGAGUGAUUCUUUAAAAAAAGUGGAUAUUUAUGCAUUGGCUAUGGUUAUGUGGGAAUUAUGUAAACGCUGUCCUACCUUCUAUAAACUAGAAGCAGUUGUUGCAGAAAGCACUUUACCUUAUCUUGAAGAACUUGGUAUUCAUCCAUGUAUUCAAAAACUCAGAAACUUUGUAUGCGUAGACAACAAAAGACCGGCAUUUCCAAUUGAAUGGAAUUAUUGUGAUCCUAUUGUUGAAAUGCUAAAGACAACUAUUACACAAUGUUGGGAUCGAAAUCCUUCGGUUAGAUUAUCUUCUUCGUGCAUAUUGAACCGAGUUAAAUAUUUUCAUGAGAAAAAACUUAAAGAAUGUCAUCUAUCGUAUAACUCUACCAAUAAGCAAAAUAUUCCUGAGUUUUUUGACGUUAGCUAAAAGUUGAAGCAUUUAGUUGAUGCGACUUGUGUUUUACGUUUCCAAACCUUUACAAAAUAAUCCUUGAUUUUAAAAGAUUACCUUUUAAAACCGCCCGCGUUGUAUUUAAAAAUGUUCCGUUAUAAAUAUUUAGUAAAUAGUAAAUAACUUUUUAUAGAUAAAAAACAAAAUAUAUGUAAAAAUUAUAAAUAAAAC